AUGAGUCUAAUGCGUUCUUAUGCGAGAGUUAAAUACGAAAUCUAUUUGGAUUCUUCUAGUGAUAGUGAUGAAGAAGAUAAAGCUUUGCUAAUGUUUACACAAUUAUGUUUGGAUGAACGAUUGCGUAUUAUUAGACAACCCAUACCAAGGGAGGUACAAACACGUAGUGUAAUAACGCGUGAUCGAGUGUGGCAUGAUGUCAAAAUGAUGAAUGAUUAUUUUACGUCUGGAACCGGUUAUACCUCUAGACAAUUCAAACAACGUCUAGGCAUGAGUGAAGACUUAUUCGAGAAAUUGUUAGGAAAAUUGCUUGAAGUGGAUCCAGAAUGGGCUCAACGUCCGGAUGCAACCGGUACUAUGUGGCAUUCUCCGCAUAUGAAAUUAGUUGCGGUGAUGAAAUGUUUAUGCAAAAGUACGCCAGCUGAGAAUGUUGAUGAUUACACUCGAAUGGGUGCUACCACAAUAUAG